AUGUCAGAGGGAGUCUAUGAAAACUCAGAACGAUUUAAAGACGAUGAGCCUGAUGCAAUGAAGAACACAGACAUUGAUGGCCAACUAUAUGCCAACGUAAGAGCCUUCAAACCCAGUACAAGAGAUGGAGUUGUUGCUUCAGACAGCAACGUCUCAAAGAAUUCAUCUGCAGCGAUAGACCAGCUACAGACCAGUUAUAACACCAUAACUAAAGAGAGAGACCAGCUACAGACCAGUUAUAGCAACAUGACUAAAGAGAGAGACCAGCUACAGACUGAGAGAGAUGUUCUUAGCGGCGGGCUUUCCGAUCUCAAAAAAACCUGUCCUGAAGGAUGGCAGAAGUUAGAAUCAAGUUGGUACUUCCUGUCUACUGAGACUAAGACCUGGAAGGAGAGCAGAGAGGACUGUCUGGAGAGAGGAGCAGACCUGGUGAUCAUAAAGAGUGAUAAGGAAAAGCCAUUUCCCUUCAAACUCAAGAAGAGAGUCUGGAUUGGUCUGACUGACUCUGAUAAUGAGGGGACCUGGAAAUGGGUGGACGGCACCCCACUGACCACAGGGUUCUGGUAUGAUCCACAGCCUGAUAAUGGUGUGAAGGACUGUGUUGAGAUACGCACAGAUCAGAGUCCUCUGAAGGCAUGGAAUUACUUGUCAUGUUUGGAGAAUCGUCACUGGAUUUGUGAGAAAGGUGUUUAACAUCACCAUGACAACAUAUACAUACAUACAUACAAACACAUACAGCAGCCUACAGUGCACAGAACUUCCUCCUUCAUUCUCUGUCUCUGUCUCUCUGUCUCUGUCUCUCUGUCUCUGUCUCUCUGUCUCUGU